AUGAGGCGUGCGCCGGCCGCGGAGCGCCUCUCGGAGCUGGGCUUUCCCCCGCGGGGCGGGCGCCGGGAGCCGCCUUUUCCGCUGGGCGUCGCUCGGGGAUUGGGAGGGUGGCCCAUUCAAAAGCGCCGCGAGGAGGCCCGGCCAGCGUCCUUCAGUGAGCGCUCGCCAGAGGACGGCGGCGGCUCGGCGGCGCGCGGCUCCCGGACCUGGUGGCGCAUCCGGACGCGGCUGCCCCCCUGUCCCGACCCCGAGCUGCCGCCCGCGCCGCUCUGCCUCCUGCGCGUGAGCCUCCUCUGUGCGCUCCGGGCGCGCGGCCGCGGGCGCCGCUGGGGCGAGGACGGCGCGCGGCUGCUGCUGCUGCCCCCGGCCCGGGCGGCUGGAAGUGGAGAGACCGGGCCGAGCGGCGGCUCCCCCUAUGCCGGGAGGAUGCUGGAGAGCAGCGGCUGCAAGGCGCUGAAGGAGGGCGUGUUGGAGAAGCGCAGCGACGGGUUGCUGCAGCUCUGGAAGAAAAAGUGCUGCAUCCUCACCGAGGAGGGGCUGCUGCUCAUCCCGCCCAAGCAGUUGCAACAGCAGCAGCAGCAGCAGCAGCAGCCUGGGCCGGGGCCGGCCGAGUCGUCCCAACCCGGAGGCCCCGCGGUGGCCGGGCUGGAGCCACCGGUCAAGCUCAAGGAAUUGCACUUUUCGAACAUGAAGACCGUGGACUGCGUGGAGCGCAAGGGCAAGUACAUGUACUUCACGGUGGUGAUGGCUGAGGGCAAGGAGAUCGACUUUCGGUGCCCGCAGGACCAGGGCUGGAACGCCGAGAUCACGCUGCAGAUGGUGCAGUACAAGAAUCGCCAGGCCAUCCUGGCCGUGAAGUCCACGAGGCAGAAGCAGCAACAUCUGGUGCAGCAGCAGCCUCCGCAGCCGCAGCAGCCCCAGCUGCAGCCCCAACCCCAACCCCAACCCCAGCCGCAGCCCCAGCCUCAACCCCAGCCGCAGCCCCAAGCCAAGCCUCAGCCCCUGCCGCUCCACCCGUAUCCGCAGCCGCACCCGCACCCGCACCCGCUGCCACACGCGCUCUCGCACCAACUCCCGCACCCGCAGCCGCUCUCGCAGCCGCACGGCCACCGGCUUCUCCGCAGCACCUCCAACUCCGCCUGAAGGGGGCAGCUCCGGGCCCGACAGCUUUUGAGGACUUGAGGAAGUGGGACGAGCACAUUUCUAUUGUCUUCGCUUGGAUCGGAAACAAAACUGUCUCUCUCUCUCCCUCCCCGGCACCAGAUCAAGUACUUUGGACAUCACGCGACUUGACGAUUCCGCUUAGUUUUCUGCAAACUCUUGGUCACAAUGCAGAAAACGAUUCAGAGUCCAGAAGGCUUUUAUUUAUGAACAUUCGAAAGGAUCUUCCAGUAUGGUGGACCUUCUAGGAGCGAUGAUGUACUGUAAUUUUAUUUUAACGUAUUUUGAUUUAUGUUUAUUUAUUAGUUUUUUUUUUUAAAUGCUUGUUCUAAGACAUUUCUGAAUGUAGGCCAUUUUCCAAAAAGGAAACUUCAUUUUCAAAAACCUAUUCCCUAGUAAGUUUCAGUCUUGGAAAAGAAAAAAAAGUGAAAGGAUGGUGGAGGGGAAAAACAUUAAGAAUCCAUUCAUUAUUCCUAGGGCAUUUUCAGAAGAUCUGACACUUUAUUGUUAUGCCAGGUGGUUGAAAUUAAACUCUGUGAUAUUACUUUUUUUUGAGAUUUUUUUUUUCCUUAGACAUAAGUUCUGUGUAGAAUAGACAUUUAAAGAAACUAAAUGUUCAUAAUUGUGUAGUUAUGAAAAUCUUGUUGCUUUUCUAAAAGGGAAUCAGUAGUAAUGGUAUCUGAUUCAAAAUAUUUAAAACAACCAAAUGGAUGACAGGGUGGUGAUAUCUGGAAUAUAUGGUAAGACUGAUCUAAUAUAGGAAAAACCUAGCUUUUUAUCAUCUCUGUGAAGGGUUCAAUAAGAUUUCUGAGUAUGAACACAUAGGUGUUUCAUUUAAAAAAAAAAGUGAUUUAUGGGGGCGGGAAUCAUUCAACUCUUUUGAGAAAACAUCUGUGUUCUUAUAUGUACUAGAGAUUACCCUUCUGCAAGAGCUUUGCACACUACACUUGAGCCACAUUUUCUGACUCUUUUACUUGCUCUAGAAACCUACUCUAGAAUCUCAUAGGAUACAAUUUGUAAAUAUUUCAAAGGACUAGAAGUCAUAACUUUUGUUUUCAUACAGAAAAUAAUGCUCAUCAGAGAAACUAACUUGUGCUUUUUAUAGCUCUGGGAGAAAUUUGAGGGGUAUAUGUUUUGUUGUUAGGUUACCUAAACUCAGAAAUUGAAAGAGGAAGGACUGGAUAAACACUGAAUUUUCAGUAAGAAAACAACCCCAGUCUUGUUUUAACAGCCACUGGUUCAGGAGUCGGGGGAGGGGAGACCAUGUGCUUUUAAAGGUAGAACAAACCCUCUUCUGUUUUAAAUCAAAAGGAUGGUCAAAAAUCCACAAGGGCAGAUGCGACUUAAGUUUUUUUAAGAAGGCAUAGAUGAUACCAAAUCCUCUUGGGACUGAAAAUCACUUCCUAUCUGCAAGGCUUUAACUAAUGGGGUCUUUGUUUUCCAUUAUCUCUUUCACAAAGUCUUGAUCAGUAUUUUUCCAGCAUCUGAAUUGGAAUGGCCGGAAAAGUCCACAGCUGAGUUACACAGUCAAAAAGUGGAAAUGGAAUUUCAUGGUAGAGAUGUCUUUAUUCUCCCUCAGUGUAGAAAAGAAUCUUAAGGUCAAAUUGCAUUUUAGUGUAAUAUUUAAAUGAUGACAUUUUGAGAUCUUGACUCUAACCCCAAAAGUCAUGGGGAAAGGUAAAACUCGUGAAAUAGCAAGCAAAACAUAAGUGGACUUCCACUUUCAAGGGGCUGUUUUAGUUGCAUUUGUGAAAUAUGCUGCAAAAAUUGAAAAACUCAUAUUUAUGAUGAGCAGCUCAGAAAGAUAGAUCUAGAGUUCUUAAGUUGGAUUGGACUUCUUUGGAAGUACUACUGUACUUUUUAGAUAAUGUCUCAUUGUACUGUAGUCUUAAUAUAUGCAGAUCAUAUCCUAUAACCUCAAUUAAACCACAGGAUUUUUUUCCCAGAUGGAUGGAGUGAUUUUUUUUUUUUUUUUCAAAUUCUUGUGCUUAAAAAAAUUAAGCCCAUACCAAAUACUAUUCAAGACAAGGUUCAUGUAGGACUUUAAGGCAUUUGCAUAUUGUUAGCUUGCAUCUAGGCCAGAUAGUGUCCUUGGGGGAAAAAAAUACGGCCAGGCCCUCUCUUCGCUACUGGAAUUUUUUUUUUCUGGCUACCAUUAUUAAGGGGGCCACCAGAAUCAUAGUUCCUUGACUUUCCAUAGUUUUAUUCUUUGGUCUGCUGUGAUAAUUAUGUUGAGUUUGGCUCCCUAGUCUGAAUCCCUUUUAGCAUUCAACUGUGAAACCUCAGAAAUUAGAAAAGAGAAAAGUAGGAUUUUUUUUCGUUUGACACUUUGAAAUUAUUUUGACUUACUAAUUUUUCCAGAACAGGCACUUCUCUUCCCAAGCCUGCCCACCUGUAUCUGUGCAGAUGACUCCCUUUCCUUUCUCCUUUUCCUAAUAAAACUGCCCUUUUAAAAUGUAAAGAAAAGUUUUUUUUCCAGAACAAAAGAAAAGCGUGCUUAACAAAACUCAACAAAACAAAAUACAAAUGCAAAUCUUUUAAUGUGUCAUUGGCUCUCUUCUACCUCUAAGAAGAUGGUGCAAACCAUCUAAAGCAUUAUGAGCUUGACAAAUUACGUUCCAAUGGCAAGAUGUAAAAAUACUUUUUGCAACUCAAGAAAGGGCAGGUCCAAUAGAAAACCCAUGCCUAAGUAAAAUGUAAAGAGUUGAAAAAUGAAAAGGAAUGUCCCACUGGAAAUUGAACUUUUGUCCUUCAACUUUUGUUGGCACCAAGCCUGGAAUGCAGUAAGCUCAGUAACUUAUUUGUUGGGAAAAAUGAAUGAAAGAAGGAAAAACUAUGACUCCCUAGCACUUAAGGAGGUGGGUUGUCAUGAAUUGAAAAGCGCCUCCUUUGCUCACUCUGUUCUCUGAGAUCAUCUAAUACUGGGAUAGGUUAAGCAUCCUGACGGAGUAUCUUGGACAUUCGUUACGUUCUUAGCGGAAAUCCACAUAAAACUAUAUUCUGCAGGGGGUGCUGAGGUCAGAGAGUAAGUAGCUAUAAAGGACCUAUUCAAAAUGAAUGGGUUUUCUUCCCUCAGAAGAAGGUGGGGUUCUCUCCAUGAUGUAGAAAUCAAACUAACUUUAUUUUUUUUUUUUUUUGUUUUUUUUUUUUGUUUUUUUUUUUUGCUUUGUUUAUACAAGCACUGGGUACAGUCAGAAGCGCAGGAGGGUGAGAGAAUUCACCAGAGCCAGAGCGGGGAGCAGAGCAGGCAGAAGGACCGAAGUACACUGCUGAGGGGUGCAGGGGGUGGCAGGAGAGGUCUGCGCGCCAUGUGGGACCCUCCUCCGGUGUCCGUGGAGCAGCCGGGGAUCGAACCGGUGCCGCAGAGGCCGGGGGCAGCUUCGCAACCCAGCGCUCAACCGCUGCGCCACCGGGGAGGCCCACUUUAUAAUAUUACUUAACAUGUUUUUGCGAAAGGAAAAAUCAAGCUAAGGCAUUCCAAAAAUGAGUUCCUUUCAAAAUGCAUACACUGUCAGGACAGCUGGACUUAAGUUGAAAAGUUUGUUUUAAACUCAUUACUCCUAUAUCAAACACUUAAAAACCCCUCAUUUAAAAUCUGACACUGCACAAGUUUGUGGCCAGUCUGUGAGCUCAAACUUUACUCACUUUUUGUCCUAGGGAGAGUGGCUUAGUUUUAACUUGGCUCCAGGUGUCUGCAAUGUCAUGUUCAGGCUUAGAAGAGGGUUCUAAGACAUGAAACUGGAACAGUCCCAGAAAACAUAGAACUUUGUAGAAUGAAGUUGGGUCUCUGAACAUUUGUUUUCUUUUUGUUUUGUAAAUGUCUAAUUGGUUUUUGGUUUAUCGAUAAAAUGCUCUUGGCAAAAUAAAAUUUUAAAUUGGGCAAUUAUAGAGCUUGAUCCAUCAGUGUUUUUUCCAAAAGAAAUACACCUACCUACUUCUAAAAAAGCAAUCCAAGAUAUAUUCCAUGGAAUUGUUUAAGAGCUAUUUUCUAAAUUUUUGACUUGAUAAAGGGUCAUUUUUGACUUUUUUGAAAAGCAGUAUUGAAUAGCCACUCCAGAUUUAUAUAAGAUUGGAUGAUAAGAUAAACUGUGACUUUGUUGGCAGACAUCUGCCAAGUGGUGUAUAAGCUCCAACAGGGUGUUCAUAGGAAGGGCAUUAUUGUCUAAUGAAGGAAGCAGAAGGACUUCUGAUCAUUAAAAAUAUCUGAAUAAAAACUGGAGUGACCUACCCAGAUCUGCUCUGAAGUUGGCCUCCUGGUGGAAAAGGUUUUAACAAUUGGUGGUCCUUCCAAAGCACUGUAUUUAGUUUGGGAAGGUUCUACAGGGCUUCGCUGUCAUAAAGGUAUUUAUUCCCCUUCUGGGAAGAAAAGGACCAUUUUUGAGAUUGGGAAUUCAUUUUUAAAAAAUUACCCAGGAGGGCCUCCCCUGGUGGUGCAGCGGUUGAGCACUGGGUUGCGAGGCUGCCCGCAGCCUCUGCAGGGACAGUUCGAUCCCCGGCCACCGGCGAGGGUCCCACACAAAAAAAUAAAUAAAAAUAAAAUAAAAAAUUACCCAGGAAUUUUAAUAAAUAAUAUAGAAAUUGACUCAGAUCCAUUGAUGAAAUAAUGAACUCUCAGAAUACAAUGGAUUGGAGUUGAAUUUACCACAGUACUCAAGAGAAUGAGGAGUAGUCCUAGUGCGAUAGCUUGAAGGCAGUUCCCUCUUGAAUUCCAGAGAGAUUUGAAAUCUCCUAGGUCUCUUGAGAGGCUAAAGCCUCAACUCUUCAAACAGGUUCCUUUCACGUUUCCGGUUUUAAGUUGAGAGCAGAAGGAGGCUUGAUGUUUAAAGGACAGCAGCAUAAUGUUACUCUUACAGUCUCCACUGGUAUGGCCAAGCCUUUAAAUCGUAACACUUUAAAAUAAGAAAUUUGAAGCAAUUGUCUGUCCCGUAACAUAGUUUCACACUAACAUCUUUUUCAUUCUACUGUUGUAUUUCUUUCUUUUUAAAGAAAUGAAAUUUGAGAGGACAAAUAGCUGCCAUUGCAGUGUCUCUGCAAGUACUGUGUGAAAUAAAUGUGUGCAGUCGGUGGUUUAAGUUGUUAAGAGUCAGGAUUUGAGAGUCAUAGUAUAGCAGAGCCUCAAAUAACAUCAUUUCAUUCAGUGUCAGUUUGUUAUAACACUGAUAAGAAAAAAUAAAUAUAUCUAUUCCUGGCUAGGGCCACUGUUUGUGCGGAGUUUGUAUGUGUUCCAGGGCCUCUGGUUUUCUCCCACUUUCUAAAGAUUUAUACAUUAGAAAAUUUGGGGUAUCUAACUGCGUGAAGUUCCCAGUAUGAGUGUGCUAUGGAAGGAUCUCCUGUCUAGGUUUAAGUACCUGCUUGUGCCCUGAGCUGCUGCAAUAAGCUCCAGCAACAUUUUAACCCUGAACUGGGAUAUCUGGGUUGGAAAAUGGUGGAAGGAAGGAAGAAAUACAAAUUGAUUGUUUAUUAUUAGAAGCACUUUGGAAUUUUCUUUAGAAGUUUGGUGAUGCUUUUAGGAUCAGGAAUAUGCAGUAGGAACUUAUCUCUUGUUUUUAUCAACUGGUCUAUGGUAAAAUUGAUUUUGUUAUGAUCAUUUCACUUAAAUUUAAAGUUUUGAGGAAUCCAUCAAUGACAUUGAAGUCUUAUUGUCUGUCUGUCUAUCUGUCUAUCUGGAAUCACAUUAAAACAACAUUGCAACUGUCCAUAAUUAUUGACAUAGGAAAACCUGUUGCCACAUGAGUCUAUUCAGCAAGAUUAGAAUAAAGACUAGAAAAAAGAUAAGAACAAGACAAGUUCUUACUUGCUUUGUUUCCAACUCAAAGACUUUCCUGGACCCUCACACAUAGAAAGGCUCCUUGGUGAGAAUGUUCUGGAGCCCUGGUCUUACUUGCCUACAAAGUGAGUCUGGUUAUCAAAAAUGGUGCAGGUGUGCACCAGAGGGCUUUGGAAAUUUAGGUCAUCUGGGCUUUCCUUGAUCUGAGGGUGGUUUUGAAUCUGAUUUUAUCUUGAAGGGAUUCUUAGGACCUGAGGCUAGAGAGCCUCUCUUUGUUACUCCUUGGUGCAGUCAGAAUUACCUGCUUUGGUGUAGGGUGGAUGUGGGAGUGGUUUGCUCUCUGCCAGAGCAUUUACCUGAAGCAUCUGAUGUUUAGUUAGAAUCCGGAAAUGAAAAUUUGAAAAAAUAGUAGAUGCGGUUAGGUUGCUUAUACUCAAACCCUGCCAAAGUCAUUGAUAAUAGAGUGAGCAAACACGCACUACAGUCCCUUAAGACCAGAGAGCCUGUGCUUCCGCACCAACUGAUAAACGAAUAUUCAACUCUUGUACAGAAAGAAACAGGAAAUGACUCUUGAGGAGUUUCGAGGUUUUAAUUAUGUCACCAUCCUCCGCUGGCUUUCUCCUGGCACUGAUAGUUCAUACAGUUCAGUUCCUAGUGAAGACAGCAGCUCAGUUAUUUUGCAAGCGUUUUGAACUUUGUUGCAGCAAAUUCUACUGAGUAAUAGGGCUUACCCUGUCAGGAUUGACUCAUCACCUGAAAAGAACAGACAACUUGGUGACUAAUCCCAAAGAAGUCAAAAUUGUAGCAGUGUUAGGUAUAUUUGUUUUCUAGAUUUUAGCUGCCAAAAAAAUGUUCAUUUUUUACAAAGUUUGCUUGUAGUUUGUAAACACAUACCUGUUUUUCUGUUUGUUUGUCUUAAUUUUUGUGUAGAAGAACUGGAAUAUAGGCCAGAGGUGCUGGAUGAGAGGAUUCACCAGGGACAGAGUGGGGAGCAGAAGAGGCGGAUUGACUGAAACACACUGCUGAGGGGAGCAGCGGGAGAGACAGGAAAGGUCUGCUGCACCAUGUAGGUCACCUCCCCGCCUGGGAAUUGGACUCAUGCUGCAGUGGCUGGUGAUAACAUGAGAGCGCUGAGACUUAACUCGUAGACCACCAGGAAGCCCCAGUAGAUACCUGUUUUUAAUAAUCUUUCCAUGCAGCCUCUGUGUGUGCCUCUGUAGACACAGACAUAGACAGACAGACACAGACACAUAGAAAGACACAUAGACAGAGAGACACAUAGACAGUCACAGACACAUUGACACAGAUGCAGACACACAUAGACAUAAACAUAUAUUCACUUUUCGCGCUCUUAUCUUUCAUGGUUCAUGCAGGUGGGUCAAUCCUUUGCUGUGGAACUUGACAUCUGGACAGAACAGGCUUUUUUAGAACUUUGAGCAUCUGGUUGUGGGGGUUAGCCCUAUUCUGCAUAAAGCCCUUUAGAAAGCAGUGGACUGUGGCGGUGCAAGGCCCCUCUUACUUCCUGAUGCUGUGUUUCAGUCUCAUGAGAGGAAAAGACUCCAGUCUCAGUGGGAGAAGAAUUCAGUAACUUACUUUUAGUUUAU